AACACCUUUUCAACACGGCUUUUUAGGUUAACUUUUAAGUAGCUAGCAUUUGGUUGGAUAGUUUUUUUGUUAUCACAAGGUUGCAUGUCAUGCUACAACGGUUAUCGAUUCGAAUCUCUUUUGAGUGGAAUAAAAAGAUUAUUAUGUGCUGUUUUUUGUAAACUGGACAACUCUUAAAUCAAUCCGACUAAGGUUAUCGAAUAGCUUUUUUGCUUGAAAUGAGGAUGAUAGGAAUUCUUCAAAUAAAACAUUUUUUUUGUUCUUGGAUUGUCUGCUUGGUGAUUCUAAAGGCACGCGUCAGAUUUGACAGUUAACGGCGUUAACGCCGAGUUGACAAAAAGAGGUUAGGUUAGUUUUAGUUAUUAAGAUUUUGAAAUUUUAAUAAAACAUUCAGAAAAAUGAUAAACCUGCUAUUCUAUAAACAAUUACGUUAAAAUAUCGGUCAAGAAAUAGAAUGUAAAAUCUGUAUUAAAGGAUUGUGUGAAGUCUGUAGACAGACAUAGCAUGAAAAUGGCCCAAAUGAAGAAGGGUCUCGUUGAAGAAAUAAAAACAAGGCCUGGUGCAGGCAAUGGAUUGUGGGUCUUGUUCCUCCUACCUUUAGCUGUCAUCAUGUCGUAUGCGAAACAUCCAAUUAUUGCUACACCCACGUACAAAUUAGCAGCUUUAUUAUGUACAGGCUUUAUUUUAACGUCCUGCAUAAUUAUAUACCAAAAAUACGAAUUAAGGAGACUGAAAAUUGUUAAUUUAUGGACUUUGCUAGCUGUAGGAGCUACUUCAGCAUUGUUUCACAUUUGUGUUCACAAAGGGUGGACACUAUCCAUAGCAAGUGGAAUUGCCUCUACUUUGGCAUAUUUCAAAAUUUACACCUCUGUUUUAACAAAGUUUAAAGAAUGCUUUACCCUAGGAGAAGCUGGCUUAGUCAGUCAAAGUAUAACAAUGAUAUUCUACUUUACAGCAGUAAAAUUAGUGGAAAUUGUUGCUGGCAAUAAAAAAAUUACAAGCAAUAUGCAAGUUGCAACAUUGAUAAUUCAGUUUGAACUCCUAUGUGUUGGACUUAUAGCAUGGCUGUCUUACAUAUUCCUUAUAAAAACACCAAAAAGAUUUUACACAAUGUGUUUUUUGAUAAUCACUUUUGUUUUUUUACUGCCUUUGAAAAUGAUUACAGGAGAAUACCCUAUUCUAUGGAUAAUAAGUUUAAUUGACAAUAUUCCUACAAUAAAAUUAAUGAUGUACUGGAGCUUCUGUACUGGUGUAGCUAUUUUGUCAGUUAGUAAUCAAAUUUUCUAUGCUAAAAAAGCAUCAACAGGAAAAAGGAAAAUAUUUCACAUACUGUGUGUAGCAGUAUAUAUCCCAGGAUUACUCUGUAAAUGCUCUCUAUUAUAUUUGGCAAGUGGUAUGCUAACAGGAGCAUUCUUUUUUUUAGAGAUACUUCGUCUUUUGAGAAUGCCCCCACUUGGCAUACACCUCCAUGAUGGUUUUGUGGUGUUUAGUGAUGAGAAAGACACCCUAGUGGCCUUAACACCAAUUUACCUUUUAGUAGGAUGUUCUAUACCAAUCUGGAUCCACCCAUCACCUUGUGAUGUUACAGACUCUGGACUAUUCAAUAUGAUCCCAUUGAUGAGUGGGUUACUUGCUAUUGGUUUGGGCGACACUGCUGCAAGUAUAGUGGGAUCUAGCUGCGGAAGAGUCCAUUGGCCAAGAUCAAAGAAAACUUUUGAAGGAACAAUAGCAUGUAUGUUAACUCAGGCUGGAAUGGUUUACCUACUAGCUUACCUCAAUUUCAUCUAUACACUGUCUCACAUUGAGUUAGUCAAGAUUGGCCUGUCCAUUAUUGUAAGUUCUAUAGUUGAGGCUAAGACGUCACAGGUGGAUAAUUUAGUGCUUCCUUUAAUUACAUAUAUUAUACUUAUGAUAUAAGCAUUUUUUGAGCACCUCCAAUAUUGUUUUUGUUAAAUAAACUAGUCAAGAUACCAACCUUCAAACUUUUGGAACUGUGAUCCAGUAGAUUUCUGUAAUGUUAAGGCCAAAAAUAAAUUGUUUUUUAUAUGCUUGUUA